GCAUACAGACAUCAGUCCAUCAAUACACGUCCGUGAUAGUACUCUGCACGUGUUGUUCUUUGUGCGGAUGAAUACAACUGGUCGAAGAGCAAGCGGAAGUUGUGUACCAAAAUUCGUCUGCCUACACUCAGGAGGCCUAAGCGGGAAAGCAUCAUGCCGAAAGCUAGCCCGAUCAAAGAUUUCUUGGCUGGUGGUGUCGGUGGCGUCUGCUGCGUGGUGACAGGCCAUCCACUGGACACUAUAAAGGUCCGACUGCAGACCAUGCCAAAGCCACUGCCUGGGCAAGCACCCCUGUAUUCAGGAACUUUUGAUUGUGCCAAACAGACAAUUGUAAAAGAGGGUUUUAGAGGACUGUACAAGGGAAUGGGAGCACCACUAGCAGGUGUAGCGCCAAUAUUUGCCGUCUGCUUCUUCGGCUAUGGGGUAGGGCGCAGGCUUCAGCAGAAAAAUCCUGAUGAGGAAUUAACUUACUUUCAGAUCUUCAAAGCUGGCAUGUUGGCUGGUGUUUUCACGACACUAAUUAUGGCACCAGGGGAGAGAAUAAAGUGUCUCUUGCAGAUCCAGCAAGCAUCCUCUGGCAAAGAGCGAAAGUAUGCUGGUCCCAUAGACUGUGCCAAACAGCUUUAUAGAGAAGGGGGUAUUCGGAGUGUGUAUCGGGGAACCGCUGCAACACUGUUACGUGAUGUGCCAGCUUCUGGCAUGUACUUCAUGACCUAUGAGUGGCUGCAACGUGUUCUUACACCAGCUGGUCACAGCCGGGGUGAUCUAAGCAUAGGACGGACCCUGUUUGCUGGAGGUAUGGCUGGUGUCUUCAACUGGUUGGUUGCUAUUCCCCCUGAUGUGCUGAAAUCUCGUCUGCAGACUGCACCUCAUGGAACAUAUCCUAAUGGUAUUCGGGAUGUAGCCAGGCAGCUGUUGAGGGAGGAAGGAAUCAUGGCACUGUACCGUGGAGUUACACCAGUUAUGCUUCGAGCAUUUCCAGCCAAUGCUGCCUGCUUUGUGGGAUAUGAGAUUGCCCUCAAGUUUUUAAAUUGGCUUGCUCCUGGUUUAUGAUCUUCUUAUUCAUCUAGAUACUUAGUGCUGUUUUUAUUUAAAACCUCCCUUCUAUGCUAUCAAGAGAAGCUGAAUAAUAUAUUUUUCUCUGAAAAUGAAUGACAUGAAAGUGUUGCUGCCUUUUCAUGUUUGUGUAAUUGUCUUUUUGUACUGACAUUCUUUAUAAUAAUUACAAAUCUGUUAGUGUUCACUCUUUUGUAUUUAGUGCCUUGAUUAUAACUUGUAUAUUACACUUUGUGAAAUAUUUUGUGAAUUAAGUUGUAAGAGAUUUUGUUUGUGGACAGGUAUAUGUAAUAAUUAUUUUGUUGGAUUAUGUCUAGCCACAAAAUAUAUAUAUACCAUACAUUUUAUUGGUGUCUGACAUUCCUAUUAGCUAGAAUCAAAUCAGUUUGAUUUUCUGUUUCUUAAAUUUUUAUUAUAAGCAUCAUUAUUCGGCACUUUAAGAAUCAUCUUUUAAAAAAGUGUGCUGUGGAAAACAAUCAAUGUGGUAUGCCAUGUGGAUCUUACCAGAUGAACUUGCAACAUAGAUUUAUUGAAAAUAAGAACCAGAAAUUUAUGGCAAUGAAAAAAAAGCAACAUUUAUGAUAAAUUUCCCGUCAGAAGUGGAAUCUUUGCAAAAUGUCUAAAACAUCUGAAUGCUUUCGUGACUUGAAUGUAGUUAAAAUAGUAUGGUCAUUGAAAAAGUAAUGAAAACCACUAGCAUUAUGUUUUGAUUUAUUUUUUUUUUUUUUUUAAUAUAUAUAAGAAUGAUAAGGGGUCAGUCUGGUGGCACAACUUUCAACCCAUACAUUGAGGAUUGGGUUUAGAUUUUGUCUUGGGCACGCUGUUCAUUUUCUGCAUAUGGUACUUGUUUAGAGGGCUGGCUGCUCUGCCGUGAUAUAGCUUUAGUUACCGGCUCAACACAAAACAGCAAUCCUCCUCCAUUUCUUGCUCCCCAUGAAAGAUAUGUGACCUAGUUUGUGCUGUCUGAUUUGUAAAGUAUUUUUAGUUAUUAAUCUGUAUAUACCAUUAUUGGUUAGUUGAGAUGCACGCUUUGUAAUGCAACAACUUUAAAAAAAAAAAGAAAGGACACAUUGUCUUAAGUAUCUGUGGAUAUUCUGUAAUGUUGUAGUUAACUUUAUACAGCAUAUCACUCUCUCAUGAAUAAAUUUUUUUAAAUAUUAAUGUGUGUUUAUGAAUGAUCCAUGUACUCCCAACACAAACACAAAGAAUAAUUUUUCAAAAAUAAUUCAUUUCACUGCACAAAAGCAAAUGAGCAUAUGCUUCUGGAAUGACCUAAAAAGAAUUGAACCUAG